UCAAGCCCAUUACUUCACAGCCUGUGAGAGUUCUAGAAAAUCUGGAAGAACCAGACAAUCUAAGAUAAUUCCAAGUAGCCCAUGUGGUAUUCGACAACUUUUCCUUCUUCUUCACCAGUUCUCCUUAUCUUUCCUGUUUUAUAUUUUCCUGCUCAGUUCUUCUGUUCAAUUCUUUAUUCUUCACCUGUUCUGGAGAUUCUUCUCUGAAGAAAACCCAAACCAUUCUGGCUUUCUGGUUUCCAACAUGUGGGAGUCAGAGAGUGAGUCUGUUGGGGGAAGAGAGUAUGGAGAUGGAGUCCUCAGUUCAAGUAACCAUGGAGUUAAGACUGAUGGGUUCGAACGAAGAGAUCAGUCAUGGUAUGUUGCUACUGAUAUUCCAAGUGAUGUUCUUGUUCAAGUUGGAGAUGUUAGUUUCCACUUACAUAAGUAUCCCUUGCUAUCCCGGUGUGGAAAGAUGAAUAGAAUCAUAUAUGAAUCACGAGAUGCAGACCUGAACAAGAUAGUAUUGGAUGAUCUUCCAGGUGGAGCUGAUUCAUUUGAGCUUGCAGCAAAAUUCUGCUAUGGGAUUGCAAUUGAUCUGAACGCUGCAAAUAUCUCAGGCCUUAGAUGUGCUGCAGAGUAUCUUGAGAUGACAGAGGACUUGGAAGAAGGCAAUCUCAUAUUCAAGACUGAAGCAUUUCUGAGUUAUGUAGUCUUGUCUUCAUGGAGAGACUCAAUUCUAGUGUUGAAGAGUUGUGAGCAGCUCUCUCCAUGGGCAGAAACUCUCCAGAUUGUACGUAGAUGCAGCGAGUCCAUUGCUUGGAAGGCUUGUGCGAACCCAAGAGGUAUCAGGUGGGCUUAUACAGGAAGACCCACAAACUGGAAUGAGAUGAAAGAAUCAAGCCCCAGUAGGAAUCAUCAGGUACCUCCAGAUUGGUGGUUUGAAGAUGUUUCAAUUCUUAGGAUUGAUCAUUUUGUCAGGGUUGUUACAGCAAUCAAGGUGAAAGGAAUGAGAUUUGAGUUAAUUGGAGCAGCAAUUAUGCAUUAUGCAUCAAAAUGGCUCCCAGGAUUGAUGAAAGAAGAUAAGGCAGAUGAAGGAAGUAACAGUAGCUGGAGAAGUGAACUCCAUAUGAUUGUUGCAGGCAUUAAAGAAGAUCCACCAGGUGUUCAGAUCAGAGAACAAAGGAUGAUCAUUGAGAGUCUCAUCAGCAUAAUACCAGCACAGAAGGAUAGUGUCACCUGCAGUUUCCUUCUUCGGCUUUUGAGAAUGGCAAAUAUGUUGAAGGUUGCACCUGCUCUGGUCACCGAAUUGGAGAAACGCGUUGGGAUGCAGUUUGAACAGGCUACUUUGCCUGACCUGCUUAUUCCUUCAUAUAACAAAAGUGAAACCUUAUAUGAUGUGGAUCUUGUUCACAGGCUUUUGGAACAUUUUUUGGUACAAGAACAGACAGAACCUUUGAGUCCAAGCAUGGAGUCUUUCACGGAGAAGCACACAUAUGAAGGGAAUCUAAGAAGUAAUGCACCUAAUGCAAAGAUGAGAGUAGCAAGGCUUGUGGACAGUUAUCUUACAGAAGUUGCCAGAGACAGAAACCUCUCCUUGACAAAGUUCCAGGUCUUAGCAGAGGCCUUGCCUGACUCUGCGAGAACUUGCGAUGAUGGACUCUACCGAGCAGUAGAUUCAUAUCUUAAGGCCCAUCCAACACUCUCUGAGCAUGAGAGAAAGAGGCUCUGCCGUGUAAUGGACUGUCAGAAGCUGUCCAUGGAUGCCUGCAUGCAUGCUGCACAAAAUGAAAGGCUCCCACUGAGAGUAGUGGUGCAGGUCCUAUUCUCUGAACAGGUAAAGAUAAGCAAUGCCAUAGCAAACAACUCCUUGAAGGAAACUGGAGAAUCUUAUUACCAGCCAAUGGUAUCAAAUCGGAAGGCCUUGCUUGAAGGGACUCCACAAUCCUUCCAAGAGGGAUGGGCAACAGCAAAGAAGGACAUUAACACACUUAAGUUUGAGCUUGAGAGCACCAAGGCUAAGUACAUUGAGCUCCAGCAUGACAUGGAAAAUUUGCAGAGGCAGUUUGAUAAGAUGUCAAAGCAAAAGCAGUCAUCACCAUGGAGCAGUGGGUGGAAGAAGCUGAGCAAACUCACUAAAAUGACAGCUUUGGAGGCUCAGGACAUUGGACCACAGAUCCCACCAUCUGCAGAAAAUACAAGAAAGAUUACCAGAAGGUGGCGGAAUUCUAUUUCCUGAACAAUGAGGUCGAAAGGGUUAAAGCUACAGAGAGUGAU